CACACAAUAGCAUACAGCACUUGCUUCGCCCCCGACAAAAAUGACGGCUUCGCGAUAGAGGAGGAGAGAGCAGAAGGAGAAAAGGAGAGGAUGCGAGAUGGGGGGGGGGGAGAGAGAGAGAAGGAAAAACCCAUCCAAAGCAGAACGUUAAUUAAUUGA